GUCCGGACGCGUAAUCGCUACGCAAUACACACACUAAUAAAUAAACAAGUGGGCGUUCGUAUUGUCAUUCAAAUCAUCUGUUUUCGUGAAUUGUUGUAUAUUUUGUAUAUAAAUUUAAUUUAUUCCACAUUUAUUUAUUGAUGAGCGCUAAUAUUAAUUAAAAUCAUCUAUAGUGAUUGCGUGCGUGAGAGGGCUAUGUUUGUUUUGGCUCUAUAGUUUUAAUACGUGUGACGUCAUUGUUUUCGAGUGCCAGUAUAACAAACGACGCAGUUUCAAUUUAUUCGAAAAUGGAUUUAAAAUGAGAAUUGUUUUCGUAAACAAGGCGAUCAGAGCACAGAAUGUCAGCGGAGUCGCCGCGGCACGCGCGGUCCGGCGGGCCGCUCACGGUGCCGUCGCAGCCGCCCAGCGACCGCUCCAUCAUCGACGCCGUCUCCGGCUUCAUCAAUGACGUCACACUGUCGUCGUCCUCCGCGCAGGAUCCCAAGGACGUCAUUCAGUGGGCCAGGUUCGAAACAGCGGACAUAAACGAACCGACCCCUGAAGGCGACAGUGACAAUGACAUAUCCCCUUUGCUCCUUAUCCUGGGCUAUGGCUCGGGGGUCCAAGUUUGGUUGGUUCCCCCCUCCGGCGAGGCCCAGGAGGUGUUGUCCUGGCGCCAGGGCACAGUCAGGGUGCUCCGUAUACUGCCUACCCCGCAGCACGGCGACUGCUACACGUCGAAGAGGCCCCUCAUAGCCCUGUGUGACUCAGCCAGCCCAGGACCGAGUUUUUGCUCGCUCAGCUUCAUUUCUAUUAGGGGAGGUGAACAGGUGAAAAGCAUAAAAUUCAAGAAUCAAAUCUUAGACGUUUUGGCGAACAAGCGUUCCGUGGUGGUAUCCUUCGCGGAGCGCUUCGCGGUGUUCGACGCCGCGAGUUUGGAAGAUCGUAUGGCCGUAACCACUUGCUAUCCGUGCCCUUGUCCCUUGGGGGGUACUGCGCCCGUCAACCCGCUGGCUUUGGGCGAGCGCUGGUUGGCGUAUGCUGACAAGAAGCUCAAUCAGUCCAAGAGGAGCAGCGGUGGAUGCGAAAGUGAAGGCCAAACCAGCUACACAGCAACGGUGCUCCACGCAGCGAAAUCCUUGAGCAAGGGUCUGCGUGGUCUCGGAGAGAGCGUGGCGCACAGCUUGGCCGGGGGGCGCAGCACCUCGCAGUCGCCCUCGCCGCCCAACGCUGACGCCCCUCAACCCGGUGUUGUCACCAUACUUGAUAUUGAGGGCAAUGAAGAAGAAGACGGCCAAGACAGUGAAGAACAAUACGACCCAAUCGUGGCUCACUUCGUGGCGCAUACCGAAGCUAUCAUCGCUCUGAAGUUCGACGCGAGCGGUAUGCUGCUAGUGACGUGCGACCGUCGCGGGCAUGACUUCCACGUGUUCCGCAUCAACCCGCACCCGUGCGGCCCGGGUCUCGCCGCCGUGCACCACUUGUACGUGCUGCACAGGGGCGAUACUACCGCUAAAGUGCAGGACAUAGCGUUGUCACCGGACUCUCGCUGGGCCGCCAUAUCCACGCUGCGCGGCACGACGCACAUCUUCGCGCUGAGCGCGUACGGCGGCGCGUGCGGCGUGCGCACGCACACGUCCCCGCGCGUCGUCAACCGCCUGUCGCGCUUCCAGCGCUCCGCCGGCCUGCCCAUACAUAGCUCUGCGCAUACUUCUGGGAGUCCUGUAUCGGACGGUGUAGGCGCGGGCACGUGGUUCCCCAACCCGCGUCUACCGCCCUACCCCGCGCCCACCGUCAAUACGCCGCUGGCCCAGCUGCGGCCUACGGCCAACCUGCCCACGCACACCAUCACCAGGACCAGCUCAGGGCGUCAGCGCCUCUCGUCGCUAUCAGAAGACAGCAACACAGCCCCACUUCUAGCCCGGGCCCGCUUCGGCGUGGCCCCGGUGCCACAGUCCCAGCCCGGCAACAAGGCCCCCGCCGCCGCCGCGCUCUACCUCAUGUCGGCAAGCGGCUGUCUGUCACACAUAGCGCUCCACCCUCGAGCUGCUCGCAGUGUCCCAAAAGAGAAGAUAUGUGAUGAGUCUCCAAUAGAAGUGGAGGUGGAGCCGAUAGCGCAGUGGCCGUUACAGCGCGUCGCGGCAGCGGGAGACUUACUCGCUCCCCUGCCGCCCUCCAACCCGCUGUUGCAACCGUUAUCUUGCAGGAGGUGCGCAGACAUAUGCAUGAGCGAGGAGGAACGUUGGUUGUCGCAGGUGGAAAUAGUGACUCACGCGGGCCCGCACCGACGACUUUGGAUGGGACCGCAGUUCGUCUUCAAAACUUACAACUGUACUGGGUCAAACUCGUCGCUGUCAGAAGCAGAGGCGGUGGAGGUGGACACUAGCGCGGCGCGCGGUGUGGCCCGCUCCAACCCCGUGAACAUGCCGAGCGCGCGCCCCAUAGUGCCCGUGCUCAUAGAAUCGGGCUCCGCCAGUUCCCUAGAACAUUCUCCAUCUGACAGCUUCCGUCGUAAGUCGCUGUUAGCGGAAACGGGUCGCGCGGCAUCUGUGUGCGACGUACAACUGAAAGAAGACCUGGCCGAAGCCAUGAAGGAAGACCACGGGUGGCGCUCGGAGGACGGCGAGGAGUGCGAGGCGGGCCCGGCGUGGUCGGCCGCGGCGGAGCGCGGCGGCGGCGUGGCGCGGGUCGUGGACCCCGCGGGCGGGGUGGCGCGCCUCGUGGACCCCGCGGGCGGCGUGCUGGCGCCCGUAGCCGCGCGCCGGGCCCCGCCGCUGGAGCAGGACGCGCACACGGCCGCCAACCGCGACGAGGCCACCUUCCGGCCCGUGCUGCGUGCGCCCGCCGCGCUGCCGCGCCCGCCCGACCUCGUGGUGCGCCCGCUGCCGCGCGGCACCACCAUCCCCGUGCAGACCGUGUCGCCGCUGGCGGGGCUGUCCCCGGCCGCCGAGCCGCACCCGCUCAACACGGACGUGGUGAUUCCGGCCGCGCGCGCCGCCGUCGCCGAGUGGCGCGCCUUCGAUGACGACACCGACCCCGCCUCCGACUGCUCGCCGGACGAGCGCCCCGCCGCGCCCGUCGAGCCCGCGUCCCUCGCGCCACCGCGUCGACGCGUCGACGAAGCGGUCGUGUCGGCGACGAAGGCCGCUGGAGUCCCGCAGCGGCCCGCCGAUGAGGUACCCGAACUCGAACGAAUGGAAUCUAAAGAAGAAAUAAGAAGUGCCCCGCCCAAACCUGCGAAGGAGAAAGACGUCGUUCCACAAUCUACCGAACGAAAACGUGCGGGGAAAGGUGAUAAGCCUUCCGCCCCGAAAGAGUCUAAACCUGACGAAUCCUCUGACCAGAGGACCUUUUCAGCUGAGAUCGAUGAGUCCACCGGACAAAAGGAUACAGCAGCUAAAUCUGACAAAAGCGAAGUGAAAGUCGCCGCGGCUAAAGCCGAAAAACCUGCGAAACGGAAGCCCGAGGAGCCCCGAGUCGACCCGGUGGAGCCGGAGACUCGAGUCGCGACUGAUGUAGCGUCGAUAGAUAGCGUUAAUUUAGAUGUUAAGCGAACCGAUGUAAAUAAAGAUCUCAAGCGUCAAGAAAGUGAUGUAAGGAAGCGUGACAGUGCGCGUGACAGGAGCUCGGCGGAGUGUGCCGAGCGCGAGCGUGACCAUUCUAAACCACUGCCAAAAUCGAAUCGGCCGUCGGAUGAUAUUCAGCCGACAGCCAGCGUUAGAGUUAAGAAAUCUCCCACCCCGAAGUCAGUUAGUGAUAGAGAUAGUGAGGUUAGCUGUAAGGAUUACAAAUCUAAAAGAAACGACGAACCUAAAGAGGUGAUCGAACCGAAACAAGUGAAGGAAACUAGAGAGGCAAAGGAAUCAAAAGAGAUUAAAAAACAAAAAGAGGUAAAGGAUUCUAAUGAAUUCAAGGAAGUAAAAGAAGCUGUUGCUAAAGAGGAAAAGGUAUCUGAAGAAAUUAAGAAUAUAGAUCUUUUGCAAGAUGUGAAAUUAGAUAAAAAUCCCCAAAUGGUGGUCGUCGAAGACGAACCCUCUGUUGCAGUGACUUUAAAAAUGCCCGUCAAAAGAGAGACACUGGAUACUAAGAAUAAACCUGAUGAAGAUGAAAUUAAAACCGAAGAACAAGCCUGGGACAUGCUACUUAGUGAGCCUGAAAAACCGGUCAGCUUAAAGAAGAAAAACCGAAAGAUUAAAAAGAGUCAAGAUGAUUCGCAAGCGAAAGCAGAUGAUGAUAGUUUCGUGGAGAUACACGCGAUAGAGGAAAAGCAGCAGUGUAGUGGUGACCUAGUUUCUAUCUCGACGCCUUUCGAGGAAGUAGAGUCCCCCAGUUAUUUUGGAUCUAAAGUCAAGAAACAGCGUUCACCCAAAUGCUUAACACCCGAAAAACGAGAUGAGUCGAAAUCUAUCGAAGUUCUUUCCCAAGAUGAACCUGAAGUACUUUUUAAAUCAAAAGGCAAUAAAAAGAAACACGAUGACAAGUCUGACAUCACAGUUUUACCUAGUCUUGUGCAAACACAAAAGGAAAUGUACAAAGAAACAGCAAGCAGCAGCGCAAAGUCUAAGAAACAUUCAGACGGCACAGCCAGUGAAACCUCCUCAAUCCUAGUGAAAGAAACGCCGAAAUCAAACAAAAGCAAAUCCCUUUCACCCUACCCUGAGUUGCGCAGGACAGAGAAGCAGGUGGAUGUAGAAAAAGAUGUGUAUGUUAUCAAUACUGUAGGGGAAGAGUUUCCUGAGAUACAGAUAACCAGGGGUACUAAACCGCGUAAGAGGUCGCCACAGCCGAUUGAAAAGAAGGCUAUUGAGAAAGAACCGAUAGCUGAAAAACCCGUCAAAUCCUGGAGUUCCAUAGCAGCUUCCAAAGGUGCAAAGAAGGCGGACGAGGUUGAAAACAAAAUUCAACCUGUAGAGAGGAAGAUUGAGAUGAAUGAAAGAGAUAAUGGAGAGAAUCCAAUGUCUUCCAGGAAGGUGUCACUUCAGGAGAAAUUGAUCGAGCUUUGCAAACGGACUGAUAUUAUGGUAGCUGAAUGUGAUGCGCCUUCUGAACUGAAUUUUGUUGAGGAACACCACGCGGUCAUCCACGACCUGCCCCCGUUGGAACCGUUGGAUUUCGGCUUGGACGACUUCAAGCUCGAAGUGAUGAGGGACAGCCUUCUAGAAGUCAACGACCCCAAGAUAACCAGCCCGAUUUGCAAGAUUAACAUAGACGAUAUUUUAUCUUCGAUAAAGGAGACCACGACCAAAGCAAUAGAAUCUAGUGCGUUCAACCUCAUUGACUUGGAGAAGGUUCCAGCGAAGAAAGAGAAGGGCUUCAGUGUCAUCGAAGGGCACAAAAUUACAUCCCAGGAGGUGAAGUUGGAUGAUGACAGGAAAGUUGAGGAGAAAGAUGAAGAGAUGGAGAAGUCUUCUGAAGAUGAGACGUCGCCCAUAAUGUCCACCGACAGCGAUAAAGAAGAUAAGAAAAACGCUGGUGCUUCUAAAAUAAUUCAGCCUUCGUCAAAGCAAUCGGCUAAGUCUAAGAAGUCGCGUAGGAAGAAGAAAUAAUAUCAUCAAUAUUGUGUUCAAUUUCCCUUCGUUUCUUUAUUGGUGUUGCAUAGCUGUGUAGUUGUUGUAGGCCAAGAAAGUCUGUAUGUAAAGCCUUUUCAUUUGUUCGCAAAUUGCAACUAUUAAGAUAAAAAUACAUUUCUUUUUAAUAUGAAUCGAGAUAAACAAAUACUCGCUUACACUUUCGUGCCUGCAAGGGUUAUUCUAGGAUUCGUGGUAUAAUUUCAAAAUGUUUUCUGCUAUAACUGUAGUGAAUUAAUUUUAGUUAAGCAAUUUUAAAGUGGAUAUGUACAGGCAAAAGACAAAAAAAAACUUAAAAUAUAUGAAUAAAAAAUAAAUAAAUAUGUGCUUUCACAAGCCUAAUAAAUCACGUUUUGUGUUAGAGACGUUGUCACUUCAAUAUUGUUGUGAAGUUAGGUAUGUGCUACUGUCAUAUCGAAAAAGAAAAAAGAAAAAUAUAAAAAUUUUGGAAAAUAACAAAAAAUAAUAUUCGCUUUUUAUGAAGACGGAGGAGCAAAAUGAAGAUGUAUUAAAUUACAGCUUUUGUUAUAGUCACCAUUGGUGCGAGCUUCGCUUCUCUGUCUUCAUAAAAAGUGCUUUGAUAUAAUAUGUAUACUUAUGACAGAUUAUAUAUUCUCCUUUUAGUACUUAUUCUUAGUUUAUUUAGUUAGGUCCAUAGUUCUAGUACACACCUUUGAUAUACGACCAGAAUUAUUGUAAAGUGAAUACGCUCAGCGACGCAUAAUUAUUUUAACAUCUGUAACGGUGGUUGUCGGACUUUAUUAACAGUUUUUUUGUACAUUUAUUUAAUAAUUAUUACUGACUGUACGUUGAUGCACUGUAUCUGAUAGGCCAGUAUGUAAUGCUAAAUACCUCGUUCUUACAUUAAAUAUUUAUACACUAACUCUAUAAAUACAUAAAUGACCAUUGUUUUCUUUUGACAUUCAAAAGUAACGACGAUUUGUCGCUAUGUAAAAGAAUAUUAUUUUAUUUGAAUAAAAAAAAGAAAAAACACUGUUGGCAGAAUUUUUUUCGAUUUAAAUAAAUGAUUUACAAAUUGCUUAAAAGUUCAGGUUUCAAGUAAAGACGGUUUCCCACUAUAUCGUGACGAUAAAUUUAUUGUCCUACAAACACAAUGUGAACAUCUCCAUUUAAAUAUAGAAGCCACGACGCUUUAAACGAUGUCAUAUCUAUCGAUACGGCACAGUGGGAACACGGCCUUAGGCCAGUUUCACGACUUGUUGAUAAACUGUGAUAAACUUAGCAAGUGGUAAAACAGGCGUUAGGGAAAUCGUUUUGAAUAGUCUGUGAUUAACUUUGUUCACUUAGCGCUUUUGGUAGUAUUCGUUAAGUUGACUACAGAAUAUUCAAAAAAAUUGUAAUUCGCAUAUUCUUUGGAAUUUCAUCGGGGUGAAAUAAAUCACUGAUUUGCGUAGGGUAUUUUCGAAGAAUAUCCCUGGUGUGCCCUACACUGCGUAGUAUUACAUUUUACGUCCUCCGGGGAGGCUACUUCAGUGGUGCGCUGGUAGCAUGUGGCAAUAAGGAAAAGCAUCUUAGAAAACGAUUGUCAUAUAAUACAUUGUCGAGUUAAGGCUCGAAGUGCUCAACUGUUUGCUUCACUGUAUAGAAUCUCUGUCAACGCACGCGAUUUCCACUGUAAAUCUUCAAUGGCUAACUUCGAUAUUAACUUAAUAUUAUAAUAGUUUCAUUUAAAUAAAUCAUUGCUUAUUUACUUAGACAUAGUCUUUUUUCGACUUUAAUUUAAUUAAAGUCUAUAUUUUUGGUAUGUAAAUUAUUCAUAACGAAUAUUCUGCAAUACCUCCGUUUUUGUUAUCACUCGAAAAUAUACGCGAUGCUUAAUAUUAUUAUCCUCGUAAUGGUAUUUAAUACCUUCUCAGAAAAACGGCUGUCUUUAUGUACAAAUAUUGUGUAAUUUUAAUUAUUUUUUUUCGGCAAGUAUUAUUAUUAUUAUUAGUUUAAUAUGUUGAAUCAUGACAAAUAUUUAUUUUUUUAUAUCUAAUUUACAUAUUGUUGUAAGUGUUUAAGUUAUGAUCAUUUGGUUUUCAUUUAAUAGACAUAAUAGUUGGUGCAUAAUAUUUAUAAUCAUCAAUGUCAGCUAAAUAAAAGCGCGUAACUGAGAAUUGUUAUAAUAAUAAGCAGUCUUACGUAAGUAAAUGAUCAAUAAUAAUUAUAUAAAUGAAAAUAACACGUAAAUAAAAUACACCAGUCUUGAUAGUAUUAGGACAUUUGGGCAGCGUUUAAAGUCUGUGCUUUCACUAUGUAAGAGUGACGCCCGUUGGCAUGAGUUAAUAAAUUGUAACUAUUUAAAGUUAGACCAUCUAUGCCUUAAUAUCUCCCUGUACACUUACUGAAUAAUAAUACUUAAUAAAUCCCAAACCAGUUAAAAUAUGAACUAAUUAAAAUCACUCUGUAUUUACCAUAAGUAUUUAUUCUAAUCAACUCAUUCUUUUAACAAGGUACUCUGUAUUUUAAACAUUGUAUUUAACAGUACAGUUCAUAGUACAUUUAGACACCUUAGGAUGCCUUGUAAGAUUAUUAUCAAAAGUGUUCAAUCUACGGAUUUUAGAAGUGAGAGUGCGUUCUGGACUACUUUACAUUAUUUUGGAGGAUAUAGACAGCAAAUAGCUAACGUACAGUAUCAUAUACAGUAGCCCCUAAGUGCAGUACUACACUACAGUGUAAGAGAUAAAAUGUCAAAAUUUUGACAUUAAAGUCUGCUAUCAAUACUCAACGUAAGUUGCUCCUCCAAUUAUUAGUACAAUCUUCACAUUUUAACUACGGUUACCGAUAUGAUCUUAUUAUGAAUGUAAUAUACCUACCUAUCUCUAACCGGAACGCACUAUAGAUAGCAUAAUUUUGUUCAAAUAUUUGGCCGUCACAGUACCUGUUAUGGAGUAAACGAUUUUAUUGAAAUUAGAUCGUUCAGUAUUUUAGUUCAUUAACACUCGCUUAUUUUUAAGGCAGCUUAUAAAAGCUUUUUGACAAAAUUUAAAUUUAUGAUUGCACACGUCAAUUUAUUUUUUAAUCGAAUGUAAAUAAUACGUUUUUGAAAUUAUAUUUUUCGAUUUAAUAUAUUGAUUAUUCCAAAGUAUGAUGAACUGCAAAAUUUAUGUAAUAUUGUUUUGUAAAAAUACGUAAUACGGUAAUUAGAUAAUAAAUUGUAAGGCUGUGCGCACAUUAUAGCUGGGAGAGUCUCCACACCUUCUCUGAGAUAGUAGUUGGAUCUCUCUUUUCGUUUGACAUGUGUAAAAGACGAAAUAAAGACUUAGACUUUCUGUCGUAAUGUGCGCUAUGUCUAACUUAGUACUGUCUAGCAAAAUUUUAUUUAACUUAUCUAUCACAUUGACAAAUUAGUUGAGUUUCGUAAAAUUUUGUUCGAUGGCUACCUACUUUAAUAUACAUAUACCAAAUGUUUUCCAAAUUCUUAAAUUGUGUCUUUUAAAAACACAAUUUCAAAAUUAUUGCAAUAUUAAACUUCUUGUGUGAUCAAAUAAACGUUUUAGACAAUUUGAAAUGGAUGUUUUCAAAUAAAAAUUACGAGUAUCUAGACGCAGCUGCCUUGUCUUGGUAUGAUUUUGUUGAUAUUGUUAUGGAGUGUUUAAAAAUCAUAAUAGUAUAAUAAUAAAAAUGGGAAUUCAAAAACCACA